AUGCAAUUUUGGGCAUUACUUGCGACUGUUUCACUAGCAUCUGCUGUUCCAACCAAAGUGGACAAGAGAGAUACGCUUGGAAACUACACCACCUCUAUCAAGGCGGUCCAAACUCCUAUCCCAACCGUGUCUACCUCCGAGAUUUUCGAUGAGUUAUCGCUGAACUUGUGGUCUACGUUCUGGGAUACCUCUCACAACGACUGGGUCGAUGUAUGUGGUGCAACAAAUAAGUCACACUUAUGGUCAGUAGCAGUUGCAGGUAGAGCUAUUGCGCUUGGGGGAGAUGAUUCCAAAACCCAAAAAGCAGUUGACAUCUUUUCUGAGUAUAAGAGUGCUUCUGUUGCCGGGUAUUCUGCCACACAAGCGAAGGAUACCGACAUCUAUACCGACGACGACGCCCAAGUUGUUUGGGCACUAGUCGAUGCCUACAACGUUUUGGGAGACAAGACCAUUUUGGACGAAGCCAUCGCUUUGCACGAGUUCAUUGAAAAUCAAAAGAACCCACAAAUAGGAGGUAUCACCUGGAACUACCAAGGCAAAUACGUUGCCCUGAUUUCGGUGGUCGAGGCAGCUUUGUCCGCGUUGAAGAUCUAUGAAGUUAAGCAGAAUAGAAAAUUGAUAGAUUUUGCCAAGUACUGCCUUGGUUGGACUUUCGAUAACUUACUUGAUCCCGAGAACAAAUUCAUCAACGACGGUAAGAGCACGGACGGCAGUGUCAACCAGGGCAAGUUGACGUACACUGUCGGCGUUGCAAUGUCCUCUUUGGCCUAUCUACUGAAGUGGGACCAAUCUGAAGAUUGGUUAGCAAAAGCUGUAGAACUCGGAGUUCGUUCUUUGGGUGGAGGUAACCUUGACUCCCAGUUCUUUACGGAUGGCUAUAUCAACGACACUCCAGAUCAUUCAGUGUACUUUUAUGCCGGACUAGCUGAUAUCCUAGAACUAACCAGCCCUCUGGGAGGUUACCAAAAUGAUGCGUAUGGGUUAUUUAAGAACGAAUUGGUCAGAGAAACAAGACACCUCUAUGACCAGUACAGCUCUGUUCUCAACGGCUGUCAGAAGAAAGGAGGGUUUAAUUCGCUCUUGAAUUAUGGCUCCUUGACCCAAAUCUUCUACCAAGUGAACAGAGUUGCCCCUAGAAUCUAA